GACGUUCAGCAUCACUCCUUCCCCCACCUCCAGCACAGGACCGUACUCUGACACUUGAACAUGUUGUUGGAUAAACUGGUGCUGUGCGUCCUGUCCGCCCUGUGUAACUGUGAGUUGUGCGGGGGAUUCGUCUACGACCGGCCCAGACGGUCUGGAGAGGGGGGAGGCUCUCGCAGGACUGAGUCUCGCUAUGCGUCUGCUUAUCUGCCGGGCUCUGGCUCCUGUAAGAGUCGGUGCUUUGAGCUCCACGAGACGGAGCCGCCCUACUGCAGAUGUGACAACCUGUGUAAGACCUACAACAGCUGCUGCUCCGACUUCGACCGGCUCUGCCUCCGCACGGAGGGCGGCUACGAAUGUAGUAAGGACCGCUGUGGAGAGGCCCGCAACGACCUCCACGCCUGCCAUUGUUCUGAGGACUGCCUGGCCAGAGGAGACUGCUGCACCAACUACAAGAGUCUCUGUAGAGGAGACACACCAUGGCUGCAGGAGGAGUGUGAGGAGAUCCGGGCCCCGGAGUGCCCUGCUGGGUUUGUGCGUCCCCCCCUCAUCAUGCUGUCGGUGGACGGCUUCAGGGCGUCCUACAUGAAGCGGGGUGGCAGCGUCAUGCCCAACAUCGAGAAGCUGCGAACAUGUGGUACUCAUGCACCCUACAUGAGACCGGUUUAUCCAUCCAAAACAUUCCCCAACCUUUAUUCCCUGGCCACGGGCCUCUACCCGGAGUCUCACGGGAUCGUUGGGAACUCCAUGCAUGACCCCGGGUUCGAUUCAACCUUCACCCUGAAGGGCGGAGAGAAACUCAACCAUCGCUGGUGGGGCGGGCAGCCCAUCUGGAUCACAGCCAUCAAGCAGGGCCUCAAGGCCGCCACUUUCUUCUGGCCCAUUGCGAUUCCUCUCCAGCGGAGAAUCCUGACCAUGCUGCAGUGGCUGCAUCUCCCCGAGGGCGAGAGGCCCUACGUCUACGCCAUGCACUCGGAGCAGUCGGACGCGUAUGGACACAAAUUUGGCCCCUUGAGUCCAGAGGUGAACAUCCCUCUGAGGGUGAUUGACAGGAUCGUCGGCCAACUGAUGGAUGGCCUGAAACAGAUGAGACUCGAUCGCUGUGUCAAUGUCAUCCUGGUGGGAGAUCACGGUAUGGAGGAUGCCAGUUGUGAGAGGACAGAGUUCCUCAGCAACUACAUGUCCAACGUUGAUGACAUCAUCCUUGUUCCUGGGUCGCUAGGCAGAAUUCGCUCCAGGCAUCCCAACAAUCCAAAAUAUGACCCAAAGGCUCUCGUUGCAAAUCUAACGUGUAAAAAACCCGAGCAACACUUCAAGGCGUACUUGAAGCAGCACCUUCCCACACGGCUACACUAUGCCAACAACCGCCGCAUCGAGGACAUCCAUCUCCUGGUGGAGAGGAAGUGGCGUGUGGCCAGGAAAGGGCCGGAGGGAAAGAGGCACUGUGGCUUCUUAGGGGACCACGGCUACGACAACAAGAUCACCAGCAUGCAGACCACGUUCUUAGGAUACGGGCCUACCUUUAGGUUCAAGACUAAAGUGCCACCCUUUGAAAACAUUGAGCUUUAUAAUGUCAUGUGCGACCUCCUGGGUCUGAAGCCGGCCGCCAACAACGGGACCCACGGCAGCCUGAACCACCUGCUGAGGAGCCCAGUCUUCAGGCCCGCCAUGCCCGAGGAGGUGUCCAGGCCGUCGCCGCCAGCCCCCGUUCCCACGGUAACAGACGACCUGGGCUGCGCCUGCGAUGACGAGGUCAGCCUCGACGUCUCGGCGGCAGCCCCGGGGCGUUCGAGCAAACGUCACGGACAACAGCGCUUUGAGGCCAUGCAGAACAAAGUGGAGGAGCUAAACCAACGACUGAAGCAAGCUAUUGAUGACAGUAGAAACCUGCCGUACGGACGGCCCGCGGUCAUGUUCCGCGCCAAGUACUCUGUCCUCCACCACAGUGACUUUAUCAGUGGCUACAGCGAGGCCCUCUCCAUGCCCCUUUGGACGGCCUUCACCGUGGGCCGGCAGGUGGAGGUGCACCCCCUGCCCGAGAGCCUGUCUAACUGCGUGAGACCGGACCGCCGCGUGCCCCCCGCCUUCAGCCAGUCCUGCACCAACUACAGAGCAGACAAACACAUGUCCUACGCCUUCCUGUACCCCCCGCAGCUCUCUUCAACCAUGGAUGGGAGGUACGAAGCACUCCUCAUCACCAACACAGUUCCCAUGUAUCCUGCUUUUAAAAAGGUUUGGGGCUUCUUCCAGAGGGCUCUGGUGAAGAGGUACGCCAUGGAGAGGAACGGGGUGAACGUAGUGGCCGGACCCAUCUUCGACUACGACCACGACGGAGUCAGAGACUCUGCUGAGAAGAUGAAACAGUAUGUGAGCGGUACGAUGCCCAUCCCCACACACUACUUUGUGGUGGUGACCAGCUGCCUAGACUUCCCCCAGGCCGCAGACGUCUGCACGGGGCCCCUGAGCAGCUUCGCCUUCGUCCUGCCUCACAGACCGGACAACGAGGAGGCCUGCAACAGCUCUGAGGACGAGUCCCGGUGGGUCGAGGAGCUGAUGAAGAUGCACACGGCCAGGGUCCGAGACGUGGAGCUCCUGACAGGGCUGGACUUCUACCGCCGGACCAACCAGAGCUACCCCGAGAUCCUGUGGCUGAAGACGUACAUGCACACCUACGAGAGUGAGAUCUGAACAGCCACGCAGCGUAGAGGGCCUUUCUGGUCAGUCCCACACAUGCAGUUCACAGCAAGAUCUUCAAUGUUAAACUAAAAAGAGAUUAAGCUCCCAAAAAUCUUUAAAUGUAUAAAAUGCAGUAUUUAUUUUGUUCAAUGGGUUUUUAAGAAUGUCCCAUGGAGAUAGACAUUGAAGUGGUUGGUGUUGGUAAAAGUCCGGCCAUGUUUACCGCAAUGUUUUCAACGUGUAAUUGUUGGAGUUAAGGUGGAGGAUGUUUGAGUAUGGGGUCAAGAAUCAGCCGAUUUAGAGAAAUGCUUUGUGUCCCUUUGAACUGUGUUCUUCUGCUGGUGGUGUGACUGAGAGGCGUGGUUGUUUUCUGAGACCAAAUGAUCACUAUUUGUCUUAUUUUUUUGUAACGUGAUGUGUUGCUGGAUGUUUAUAUUUUGAUACUUGUACUGUAGCUUCUCGUCAUUCAAAGUACACCAAUCUAUAUGUCCCCAACAUUGAGCACCAGCAGGAUAUGCUGUUUUCCAUAAUGUGUCCCGCUUGGCUACUUAAAAGCUACAUAAGGUUUGGUUUUACUGGUUCGCAACUAACCUUGUAGCUCCAAGUGGAUGAUCUGAUGAACAUUGCUGGAUGAAUAUUGAAUGAGUGUGAUGUUGUUACACAAUGUGAACAACCUUGAUAGUACCACUGCUUUAUGAUUUGCUUGUACCAAAAAUAGUGGGACCUUAAGCUGUCAAUCAAAAGUGCACACAGGGGGAAGUCUGCUCUGGAAUAGCUUCAGAGUUAGCCUCGAACCCUCCAUUCAUCCUUCACUACUUUUACCGUAGAUAAAAUGUGGACUACCUCGCAGGGCUCCAGACUAACGUUGAACUAAGUUUCUCCUUUAGUGGCAGUAGCACAUUUUUUGUCACACAGUAACUGGAUGUUCCUAGGGUUUGGUUCUCUGUUCUAGUGCUACGGUUAGGGGCUCUGAUUGUUGGGGAUUGGGUUAGAGUUAGGGGUUCAUAUGGCUUGGGCUUGGUUUUGGUUCUAGUGUUAGGGGUUCCUAUGGGUUGGGUUUCAGGGUUUGGUUUUCAUUUCUAGGGUUGGGGUUAGGGUAAGGGGUUCCUAUGGGUUGGGUUUGGUUUUGGUUCUAUGGUUAGUGUAAGGGUUUCCUAUGGGUUGGUUUUGGAUCUAGGGUUAGGGUUAGGGGUUCGUAUGGGUUGGGUUUCAGGGUUUGGUUUUCAUUUCUAGGGUUUGGGUUUAGGGUUUCUAUGGGUCAUGUUUUGAGGUUAUUGGUGUGGUUUUAGGGUUUGGAAUACCGUUGUAGGGUAAGGGUGUGGUUUAAGAUUUUGUUUAUCAAGCUUAAGGACUGAUUUCAUAGUUAGGCUCAGGCUUUUAACAUUAAUAAGGUGCAACAAGGAUUUUUUUAUUAACAUAGCAUGAUAAUAUUAAAAAGUAAAAUAAAAAGCUGGUCGUGCCACCAAUAUAAGUUUUUAGUGGUGAUAUCCGGUCACUAAUGCCACGGCCGUCUAGAGCCCUGCCUCAGAAGGCUUAUUUUCUGUAUAUUAGCCGUUUUGGUAGUCUUCCAACUUACAUCAUUUGUUUAAAAAAGAAAUGUGUUUUCAGUCAGUGGAAAAAUACCGUUACAUUAUAGAAACCCUGAUGUUAAACCCAGUAAUUACCUAAGUGACCCUAUUCAGUUCUCCCUGGGACUUUUUUAAUAUUUGUAAUGUGUACAGAGUUAUUGUGCAAUACCAGCGGUCUUUUAUGAAAUUAAUGUGUGGACCUUAAGAAACGGGGGCUUAACACAAUGUUUAUAGUGUUGCUUUGGUUGGUGGAUCGCACGAUCUCUGCUGGCGGUGUUACACUUCCUUGAAGAUGAAUAAAUUAAUCACUAAAGGGGUUGAAAAAUGUUUAAAGUUGGCUUUCUCUAUACCCCUGAGCCUACUCAAAUUCAUAAAGAACUUGAGCCUACUCAAAUUCAUA